AUGACAAUCUUUAAAAUUGAAUUUACAUCAAAACUAUUCGACUGGUGCCAGGGAUUUUUAAAGAACAGACUUCAAAGAGUGGUGAUAGGAAAUAAUAAAUCAGAAUGGGAAAAGGUUGUGCCGCAAGAAUUAGUACUAGAACCACUAUUAUUUUUAGUGCAUAUUAAGGGUAUCAACAAAAUAAAAUCAAGCUGUAAACUAUUUGCUGACGUCAUAAAAAUCCUUAGAGCAAUAAAAAACGAUAAUGAUGUUAUUGAACUUCAACAAGAUGUAGACUUAUUGAUGGAAUGGUCGAAUGAGUGGUUGAUGAAGUUCAACCAGCAAAAAUGUAAGGUUAUGAUAGUAGGAAAUAGCCAGCACAAAGUUUUAAUGAAUAAUACAGCUUUAGUCUACACAAGCAUGGAAAAGGAUUUAGGAGUGUACAUUUCAGAUGAUUUGGAAUGGAAAUACCAUGUAAAUAAAGCAGUAAAUAAAGCAAAUCAAAAGUUAGCCUUAGUAUGUCCAAAUUUGGAAUACGCAGCUCCCAUCUGGAAUUCUAAUCGUCAGUAUGAUAAAGAUAAGCUAGAGUGUGUCCAACAAAGCCCUUCUAGAAUUAAAAGUUUGAAAGGAUACAGUUCUGAAGAGAGAUUAAAAACGUGGGAUCUACUAUUGUUGGAGAAUAGAAGAAGAAGAGGCCAUUUAAUACAAAUGUUCAAAUAUUUGAAAUGGUACGAUAUCAUAACUUUUUACAAAAAACCCGAAAUGCUAGAUAACGGAUAUAAAACUAGAUGUCACAAUAGUAAACUGAGAAGGCAAUAUACAGAAAAUAUAAAACGACAUAAUUUUUUCACCAAUAGAGUAGUAAACGACUGGAACAAUCUUAAACAAGAAACAACAGACGCAGUCAAUUCUUGCGGAACACCACAGUCAGAUGAUGCAACUGGUUCAACCGCUGUUGCUGAGUCGCCGUCUUUGACAGAGGAGCCUGGACCUUGUUGUUUAAGUCAGUCAUCUUUUCCAUCAAAAAAGGGAAGAAAAUUUAAACAAAGCUGA